AUCUGUGGAGAAAGGAACAGGGCUGACCUUUCAUCAGAGCCGUGACUGUGUCAAAUAAAACAAACUGCUACAACUUGAGAUAAUUUUUGAAAACGUAUCCCUUUUUGGCUCAGAAGGCAGGGGUCAUCACGGUGGAAUACGCAGAGCCCAGGAAAGUUCACGUGAAAAGGACCUCGCUGGGGAUUUCGCGGCCGGUUCGCUAUUGCUGACAUUCUGGCGCAAGGAGAGAACAUUUGUGACAGCUCAUAUACAGCGUUCUCUUUCACACUCUCCCACACAGCCUUUGCCUGUCGCUCGAUAGCUUUCCAGUCUCUCUCCCUCGCACGUCUCUUAUACACGCAGUCUCUCUCUCUCUCUCUCUCUCUCUCAUACAGUCUUUUCCAGCCCUUCUCUCACAGCCUCGCUCUCUCAGUGCGUCUCCCUCUAACAUAGUCUCCCUUUCCCACCUACUGUACCAUCCUGUCAUACGGUGUCUCCCUCUCUCACACUGUUUCCCCUUCACACACUUGCAACUCCUUCACUCACAGUAACUCCCUCUAAUACACAAUAACCUCUCAGUUUCAAACACGGCACCUUUUAGUCUCUCCUCCUCGCUCACUCUGUCACACCUAUCACACACCACCGACCCAUCAGUCAGGACGUUCGCUGUCUCUCUCUCUCUCAUAAUCUCACCCUCCUGUAUUACACGCUUUCUUCCCGUACUCCCUCACAUAGCCUGACAUAUCACAUCCACCGUUCCUGCAUUCCUUUCACAGAGUCGCUCCUUCAGUCGCUUGUUGCCUCUCCUUUUAUCACACAAUCCCCGUCCCCUCUUCAGCGGGCAUUCCUUCCAUCUCACACAUACUCUCCCAGUCACAUUGGGCCGUCUCUCUUGCACUGAUACACAGACUUCCCUGCCCUCUGUCUCUCCCGCUGCCUUGGAAAGGACUGCCCUCUUUGCACGGGCAGACCUCUGGAACACACACACACACACACACACACACACCCUUCCGCGCGGUUCUCUACUCCACACCCCUCCCCUCGCAUCACACAGCAUCUUUCAAUCCUCCUCCACAUCCAGUCUCUUAGACCCCCCCCAUCUUCUCUUCCUCAAAGACACACCCUUCCUCAAGCACCCUCCCUCCCACAAGUCUCUCACACAGUAACCCCCUCUCACUAGUCCCCUCAGUCACACACUGUCCAAUUCUCUCUCAGUCCCUCUCUCUCUCUGUAUCUUCAUUUUGCCCCAGUCUCGCUCAUUAACUCAGAAUCUCUUUCUCUCUCUCUGACACAAUUCCAUCUUUCUCUUACACAGACUUCUUUAUUCUACCCCCUUCCCCGACACGGUGCCGCUCUCUCACACAGCCUCUCACUCCGACAUAAUUUCAGAGCCAGCUACCGUUCUGCGGCCAGCGAGGCCGGUGGGUGCGGCUCAGUGGCGGAGACACGCAGGCUUCUUCACUUCACCACUCGGGCCUUUCUGUUCAAUUGACAACUUUUACAAGUCGACACCGGGAUGAGCAAUGAGAGGGACAGCAGGCGAUCGGCGGCGGGGAGCCCCCGGGAGUCCUACUUCUCGGAUAUCCGAACGUUUCUCAUCGCUGAGUGCCUGCUGAUGCUGGCGCAGGGUAUCAGCGGCGCUUACUUAGUCAGUAUUCUAACAACACUGGAGAGACGAUUUGACCUACAUAGCACUGAACUGGGAGUAAUUGCAAGCAGCUUUGAGAUCGGAAAUCUCAUGAUAAUUUUGUUGGUGAGCUAUUUCGGUGGCAAGGGUCAUAGGCCACGACUGAUCGGUUGUGGUGGAAUCAUAAUGGCCAUUGGGUCUUUAUUUUGUGCACUGCCUGAGUUUCUAAGCCAUCAGUAUCAAUACAAGCAGGUGGAUACAUCAGCAUUGAAGGACACAUGUAUGGCAAACCUUUCCUUGGAGGAAGAGCAAAUUGCAGUGGAAAAGAAUCUAAAGACCUGUGCAGAAACAGAAACAACAAACAUGAUGUAUGUCCUGGUUAUUGUGGCUCAGGUUAUCAUUGGGGCUGGAGCAACUCCUAUUCAACCGCUUGGGGUCUCCUAUAUUGAUGACCAUGUACGAAAGAGAGAUUCAUCGCUUUAUAUUGGUGUCUUGUUCACCACCAUGCUAUUUGGUCCUGCCUUUGGCUUCAUGCUGGGUUCCUUGUUUACAACAAUCUAUGUGGAUGCGAUCUUCAUUGACACAGCCAAAUUGGACAUCACCCCAGAUGAUCCUCGUUGGAUUGGUGCUUGGUGGGCUGGCUUCCUCCUUUGCGCUGGGCUUCUGUUCUUCUCGUCUCUAUUUAUGUUUGGAUUUCCUCAAGCCAUGCCGAAGAAACAUGACUCAUUGAGCAAAAGCUCCCAGCAGCCCAUGCUCCCGAGCAAAGGCCACAAAGAGCAGCCAAAGCUUACCACCGGAGCUAAUAAAAAGGAGGGCAAACAGACCAGUGAAGCCACGUGUGCAGAAUACUUGAGAGCAAUUCCACAAGUCACUAAGCAGCUGCUGAUGAACCCAGUCUUUACCUGCGUUGUGCUAUCCGCCUGCAUGGAGGUAGCAGCUAUCAGUGGCUUUGCCGCCUUUUUGGGCAAGUAUCUGGAAAGGCAGUUUGGUCUGAGUGCUUCAUACGCCAACCAGUUCAUAGGAGUCACUGCUGUUCCUUGUGUGUGCCUUGGAAUUUUUCUGGGUGGCUUUGUGCUGAAGAAGAUGAGCCUAACUCCACUGGGAGCCAUCAAAAUGACUAUGACUGUCAACAUGCUGUCAACCGCCACGUAUGUAAUGCUGCUGUUCCUGGGCUGUGAAACAGGACCAUUUGCUGGUGCAACAGUUGCCUAUAAAAACAGUUCUUUCGAUGGAUUCAAAAGGGAUUUAACUGUAUUAUGUAACGAAGAUUGCAGAUGUUCAAAAGAGACUUUAAAUCCAGUCUGUGGGUCUGAUGGCAUCACCUACUUAUCCCCUUGUUUUGCUGGAUGUACUAACAAGAAUCUUACCAACUGUGCCUGCAUCAACACUGAGUUUGCCCGGAAUGCCACAGCUGUGCCAGGACAAUGCCCCAAAACAAAUUGUGAAUACACUUUCCCUGCAUUCUUUGCAGUUGUUUGUGCGGGAAGUUUGCUGGGUGCAAUGGCACAGACGCCAUCAGUAAUGAUUCUCAUCAGGUCUGUAAACCCUGAAUACAAAUCAUAUGCCCUUGGUGUCCAAUUUCUUAUGCUUAGAUUACUUGGUUUCAUCCCACCGCCACUUAUUUUUGGAGCUGCAAUUGACUCCACUUGCCUGGUCUGGUCAGAAACCUGCAAUAAAAGUGGAGCAUGUGCUUUAUAUGAUAAUGACUCAUACAGAUAUCUUUACGUCAGCAUUGCCAUAGGUAUGAAGACCAUUGCCUUUAUAUUGUAUACAACUACUUGGCAUUACAUAAAGAGUCAUUCCAAGAAGUACGUUCAAGGAGAUGAAGACUCAGUUGGCCGAAUGACCACUUCAGAUCUCUUUGCAUCGACAUUAACAUUAGAUGCAGCUACAGGAGAUUCAAGCAAAUCAGCUGGAAGGACAACAUUAAUCUACCAUUUGGGAGAGAAUGAGAUGUGUGAAAACAUUGAGUCUGUUCUUUAACAUUUGUGUGGAGUGACUGCAACAUUGUGAAGAUAUAUAGUUUUGUAGGAGAAAAACCUUUUGAAACAUCUAUUUUAAUGUUUUUAUGCAUCACGAGGAUACAAUGAAAGGCGCUGGCCUUAUAAAAGAUUUUUUAUUAAUCUCUCUGUUGUUUAAAGUACAGCAAUAGAUAUUUUGUGAUUCUGAAUGGCUCACAAUAUAAGUGAACAAUAUGGGCUGUGCUAGUACCAAGAACUAGCAGAUCCAAACCAAGAAAAGCAGUAGCUCCAAGUGGUCAGUUAUUUAAAAAGAAAGUUCUAUUUAAGUAGCUUUUAUGCUUAUUUUGCAUUUUCUCCAGAGGUAUAACAUAUGACAGCAUAAAAUGCUAUCAUGUGACUCGCAAAGUCUAUGAAAGUGAAAUGUUUCAACAACAAGUGUAAGAUCUGAUUCUGGCCUUGAGUUUAUCCUAUUUAACCUAAUGCUUCAAAGCCUGAACUUCGGAAUGCCUCUUGACCACAGAACCCAUGUUAACAAACAACAUAAGCUUCUGAUUGCGUAUUUGCCUCUGCUGGCCAAAGUUUAUCAAGUAUCUUAACUGAAUUACUAUUACAGUCAUCACGUAUAUUUACAAUAUUAUCAUUUCAUAUUGCUUGUAAUGCAUCUUGAAAUGCAACAUUUUAUUCUUUCAAUUUAUUUUAAAGCAAAUACUCUCAAUUAUUCAAGUUAUUUGAGGUCAUUCAAAAACUGGCCAUUGUUCUCAAUUCUGCAAUAUCUAGUACUGUUACAAAGUUGGUGCUGCUAAGUAGCUAGGAUCCUAAUACCAAAAGGUGCCUCAGGUCAUUUAUGAAGUAUAUGAAACUAGACCUGAUACCCCAUGACACAUCAAUUAUUUAUUGUUAAAGCAAAUUAUUUUUUAUUUUCUUACUGGAAACAUAGAAAGAGACUACACAACUGGACAAAGAUUAUGCCAACUGAAUACAUACAUAUUGUGUUAUUUUAAAUAUCGUAGCAGGUUUGGGGUGUGAGUAAUAACAUUGGCAAAUAAGGCAAUGGUUUCUUUUCAGGCUUUCCCAUCCACUACCAAACGCUGAACAGGGUGGUGUCAUGAUGUUAAAACCCAAAAAAAUUGCUAGCAACAAUUUAAGUUUGUCAACUCCCAGCAUAAUUAAAGCAAGUACUGUUACCUUAUCAGUUGUGUGGCAUAACAAAGGCAGCACAAAUAGAGAUGCUUUGAUCAUUGUGCUUGCACAGCUACACUGGAUAUGGCUAUUUUUUCCCUCUGCUGUUAGAAUUCACAGCAAGUUGAUUUUACCCUGACUAUUUCUGGUGCCAGUGUGCCAACUGUAAAAUGAGUUGCAUGGUUUGCACCCAGUAUGAAACGAUAACACGGUUCAGUGACCACGGUUAAUUUUGCAAAGGUUGUGAAAAUGACAAAGCCACACCUGUAUUGUUCAUGCCUUCUUUAUCUGAGUAAAUUUUAAUACCCCAAUUUUUUCUACAGCAGGAAUAUUGAGAAUAUUAGUGUAUAUUAUAUUGAAACCAAUUUGUUUGUAUUAUUUAUAUUAUGCUUUUUACCAUAGAAUUUUAAAAGAAAAAAAAUGCAUUUGACUUUUGUA